AUGGCAACCAUCCAAAAGACACAUGUGGUGGUAAUAUUUGUACUGAUCAUCCAAAUAGUUCUCUCACAAGUGGAAACUACAAUUGCUUCAGAUGUUGAUGUUAAUUGGUCGACUUUAAAAUCGCAAGUGAAGAUCACAAACCGCCUCGGUGAUGGUUCGACAUUAAGCCUCCAUUGCAAGUCCGUAGACGACGAUCUCGGCCUCCAGGUUCUCGCCCAACAUAGCUCUUGGUCGUUUAGGUUUAGACCAAGUAUUUUGGGAUCGACAAAGUUUUCUUGUCAUUUCACAUGGCCUCGACGAUCAGAACAUUUUGAUAUAUACGAUGAUUUUAGAGAUGGUGUUCAGAGGGGUAUUCCAUGUAUCUACUGUUUCUGGGAUAUAACCAGAGAUGGGCCUUGCAGGUUUAACGACGCAACUGAUGCCUUUGAUAUAUGUUAUUAUUGGAACGGGCAGCCAAAGGAAUAG